UGUAAGAAAAACCUCGAUACCCCACGAUAGUAAUAUUGGACCUGGCCAAUCUACUGUUUCCCUGGUUUUGACAGAAAUGUUCCAUGCUUUGGAAGAGCACGUGUGUAAAAAUUGGAUAAAAAUGAAUUACACUGAUGAAGAGAAACGAAAGGCGAAAAUGUAUUUUUUUGAGAAAAGUGGAAUUCCAGGCGUAAUAGGUUGCAUUGAUGGGACACAUAUUAAAAUCGUUGCCCCAAAAAAGGAUCUUCAACACCUUUACUAUAACCGGCAAGGGUACUUUAGCUUAAACGCGAUGAUAGUCUGUGAUAACGCUCUGAGGAUUCGUUACAUCAAUGCAAGAUAUCCUGGGGCAACGCACGAUGCUACGGUUUUCAAUAUGUCUUCUUUAAAACCCCAAUUAGAAGAUGACUACCGCAGGGGUGAAAGGAAUUUAUUAUUAGGUGACGCAGGAUAUGCUUUACAGCCGUAUAUGCUUACUCCAUUCCGGAACACCGAUGACGGAUCAGUGCAGGGUAUAUUUCACAAAAGGCAUGCAAAAGCUAGGAAUAUUGUGGAAUGCACGAUUGGGGUGUUCAAAAAUCGGUUUAGGUGUUUGUUAGGUGCUCGUGCGCUGCACUAUGAGCCAAAGAAAGCCACCCAAAUAAUAAACGUUUGCGUAGCACUGCACAAUAUAUGCAUUUUUUACAAUGUUGAGUCUUCGAAUGAAGAAAUUUAUGAUAGCCAAGACCCAGAAAACUAUGAAGAUCAAGGUGACAUCAAUGUUCAAGCUGGCCAUAUAAAUCAAGAAGCCGUAGAAAUAAGAAAUAACAUUUUACAACAUAUGCGACUUCAGUCUUAAAUCUUUUUUUUAU